GCAAAGGGUUACUUUUUCACACAGGCCUCCUGCUGCUGCCUCCUCCUUUCAGGAACGAUCAGGGCUCGCAGCAACGGUCAUCCGAGGGGAGCUUGCCAAAAAACAAAAAGGAAAAAAAUUAAUAAUCAAAAAGGACAAAGAGUUUACAAUAAAUAAAAUAAAAUAAACUAAUACUAUGAAAGCAAAGCCCAGCUCAUCCUCCUCCUUUGCAGGAGGAGCAGGAGGGGAUGGGGAGUUCCUUGCCUGCAGGAAACCAUUCACAUCCUGAGAGUUUGCAGUCCUAACUGGCUGAAGUGAAGAAGGGUUUGCUCCAGCUCCAGCAGCCUUGGGGCUGAGAUGUCCCAGCAAGGCCUCCCCGCUGCUGCUGCUGCACUAUGUCUCCCUCCAGCCCAGCUCUGCCUCCUGUGCCUCCUCUUCCUGACCAGCUCCUUCUUUGCACCAGCCGCUGGGGCUCAAGGAGAGGAAGCAGACAGCAAACUAAAAUUCUCCAGGCAAUGGGCUCCGAAGAACAAACCAGAGCAGUAUGAAAUAAUAGUCCCUUACUUCAUGGAUGGUGAACAGUGGAAACCAAUAAAGAAUUUUUAUCCACAGAUUCACCCAGCAAGACUGAAAUUUCUUAUACAUGCUGAGAGAGAGCAACUUGUCGUCAUUUUGGAGAGAAAUGAUGGCCUUUUUGCUGGAAAUUUCACAGAAACACAUUAUUUGGAAGAUGGUACAGGUGCUGUUCUCAUGCAUAAUUACACGGGUCACUGCUACUACCAUGGUCAUGUACAAGAUUAUGUUGUCUCUGCAGUAAGCAUGAGUACAUGCUCUGGACUCAGGGGAUUCAUUUUAUUUGAAGAUAAAGCCUAUAUUUUAGAGCCUUUGGAAGGUACUACAAAUGAACAUAUAAUUUACCAAGCAACGAGCCUAAAACUAGCCUCAGGUUUUUGUGGGCAUCAUCUCAACAUUUCAGCUGUCACACUGGAAGAUACUGUACCAUCUAUGUGGACAUUUACUAGCCGGCACAAGAGGGAAGCCCUGAAAUCCACCAAGUAUGUGGAGCUUGUCAUUGUGGCUGAUAAUCGAGAGUUUCAGAGACAGGGCAGGGAUGUGGAGAAAGUGAAGCUGAGGCUGAUAGAAAUGGCAAACUAUGUGGAUAAGCUGAAGGCAGCCGGCAUCUUAUGCAGGUAUGCCAGUAAUUCCUGUGACCUUCCCGAAUUCUGCACUGGAGGCAGCCCUCAUUGCCCAGCCAAUGUUUACUUACAUGAUGGGCAUUCCUGCCACAGGGUGGAUGGAUACUGCUAUAAUGGCAUGUGCCAAACCCAUGAACAGCAAUGCAUCACACUCUGGGGGCAAGGUGCUAAGCCUGCCCCUGGGAUAUGCUUUGAAAGAGUCAAUUCUGCAGGUGAUCCUUAUGGAAACUGUGGCAAAGAUUCCAAAAGUUCUUUUGCAAAGUGUGAACGCAGAGAUGCAAAGUGUGGAAAAAUUCAGUGUCAAGGUGGAGCAAAUCGACCUGUAAUUGGUACCAAUGCUGUCUCCAUAGAAACAAAUAUCCCACUGCAGGAAGGAGGCAAAAUUCUGUGUCGUGGAACUCAUGUUUAUUUGGGGGAUGACAUGCCUGACCCUGGUCUUGUCCUCGCUGGAACCAAGUGUGAAGAUGGAAAAAUCUGUCUCAACCGCCGCUGCCAAAAUACCAGUGUAUUUGGUGUUCAUGAAUGUGCAACAAAAUGUCACGGUCGUGGAGUCUGCAACAAUAAAAAAAAUUGCCACUGCGAGGCUCACUGGUCUCCUCCCUUUUGUGAUAAGGCAGGAUUUGGUGGCAGUGUAGACAGUGGGCCAGUUAGACAAUCUGAUAACCGGAGUUUGAUAAUAGGACUGCUAAUAACCACCCUGUGCCUUCUACUUGCCGGUUUGCUUAUGUACAUCAAAAGGAAGACCCUGCUCAAACAGUUCUUUAUUAAUAAGAAGACUACAAUAGAGAAAUUAAGGUCUGUGACUCCAGCAAGGCCUUCCAGUUCAUUUGAACCUAAUCAUUUCCCCACAAUUCUCAGUAAAAAUCUAGUCCAGAAGCCGCAGAACUUGUACACUAAUAAGAGAAACGAUCCACAAAGGAUGCUAAGAUAUCAGAUAGGUGACAUUAGUAAGCCUGUAAAGACCCAGGAUAUAGGACGAUCAAGCCCACCAGAGCGUGUCUUGCCUCCCCUUUGCGAGUUAUCUUGUCAGCAUUCUGUUCAUAGGAAGUUGCUGCCUGCUACUCCUUCCUCAAGACAUGAACAGGAAUCUUGCAAGCCAAGUCCUCCUCGAAAGCCUUUGCCAGCUGAUCCUCACAAAAGCAAAACUGCCCACUUUAACAAUUCCUCCAGAGCAGGGCAUGAGUUUCUGAAACCUGUGCAUCAACUUGCUCCACUCAGGCCUGUACCAAUACGUCCACUUCAUGUGCCUAGAUCCUGCAAUGCCACCUGUAUGCAAUGACAAAAUGGAACACACCAAUUUUAUCCUGGAAAGUGAAGACAGAAGUUUGCACUAUUUUCAACUCUAGUUGGAGAUCCAUAUUUUUAUAUCAAUGGGUAGAAUUUUUAAUGUUCAAAAUCCCAUUAUUUUUAAAAACUCUGGGCUACUGCCUUUGGUGCUAUGCUGUGUGAAGGUGGGUUGUGUCCUUGCUCAGGUACUUGUAAAUUAUUAAUUUAUAUUGAAUGUUUAUUACAGUGUAGAGCACUGUAGUAAAUAUUGUUCUGCCAUAAUCAAAUUUUCCAAGGAAGGAAGCCAUCUUUAUGCUCCUCAAGCACUCCUGAACCAUCUUUCAGUACAGAUGUCUCAGCAGGCUGCACACACUCCUCAAACAUUGUUAUAAUUGGGAUCUGUUCCUUCCAACAUGAUUUGUAGGGCUGAACCAAAACCACUGAAAUCAAGGGAACUGUUAAAUUUCAUAACUAGCAGAUAAUGUUGUAACAGUGGCAAAAUAUGCACGGGAAUUAAAUUUUAAAUCAGGAAUGGGUAACUGUGGAGGAGUAAGUAACUCUGGAGAGUCCAGCAGCCAUUUUUACCGUUGCAGCCCCUUGGUAGUUCAUACGAUCCCAUCUUUGGGUCACAGAUAGCAACUGGAAAUCUCUUCUGGUGGUACUGCUUGGGUUUGCCUGAGUGUCCUCCAGAGAGGGGUUUAAAGGCAAAAUGGCACUUCUGGAGACCUCCAGGAGCAGUGACAAAGUGGCUGGAAAAAUAUGGAGGUGUAUGGGCUUUGAGGGGCUCCACCCAAGAAAAAACACAUCUGGUUACUGCAUGUAGCCCACAGAUUGCAUUUUACCCAUCUGUCAGGGGUGUUUUGAUUGUGUAUUCCUGCAUGCUUGAUGGCCCUUGAAGUCUCUUCCAGCUCUAUAUUUCUAUGAUUCUAAGGAAAGAAGUGCCAUUUCUGUUCACAGAAUCAUAGAAUCGUAGAAUUGGAAGAGACCACAAGGGCCAUCCAGUCCAACCCCCUGCCAGUAAUUUUCCAAGUCAUUUUCAGUUGAAGUGUGAAAAUCAGAUAAAGCAAUUGUCCAGAUUUAUAUAUUUGUCAGGGCAAAGGCAUUGACCUAAAUAUAUUUAAUUGUUGUCACUUAUUAAAAAGAUACAAAUCCUCCUCGCAUAUCCUCCCACCCUGAGGCCUUGCCAUUCCAUAAUAGUCCAACACAUGAACAUGUAAAUCACUGUCUCUCAACCAAGGGCCAGACAGUAUAUAUACCCCCUCACUUCCAUGCCAGCAUUCUCUGAAGAUGCCAGCCACAGAUUUAGGUGAAACAUCAUUUUUGGUCUAAGUAAUUUAACUUCCCCAAUUACUGUACCCUCUAUCUAGGCAACCAUAGCACCCAUGUUUAUGAAUAAAAACAAUAAAUAUAUCCAUAUGACAAAGAGAAAUCAAUAAAGCAAAACGGAGACCUCUUCAGACAACAGUGUGGCUCCUAAAGCUUUUAUACAUUCCUCUGUAGUUACUGAUACAUUAAUUUAUAUGGCAUUUUGGAAUAUGUUGACAUAAUAUUUAUGCUAAAUGAAUAGAUUUACUGAUGACAGCAUUACAGCUGUUAAAGAUAGGAUCUGACAUUUCAACUGAAAUGAAAGGCAGAUGUUCCUAGGAUUCUUUAAAUUUUUCAUGCAUCUUGAGUAGCUUGGUUUUUUUCCUAAAAGCACCUCCCCAUUCCAUUUUUUUCCAUGUAGCAAGAAUCUAUGGAAGUGAUUGCCUUAAGAAGGUAGAGUGCAAGUUCUCUUUUCUGUUCUGUUCUAUUCUAGUCUAUUCUGUCCUCUCUCUCUCUCUCUCUCUCUCUCUCUCUCUCUCUCUCUCUCUCUCGGUACCAUAUAUGUAAUGCUAGCAUCAUUUCAAUUGCAUUACUGAUUUUAAAUAAAAGCUGGACCUAUACUUUUGAGAAAUAUAAUCCUUAGUUUUUUGUGGGUUUUUUGGGCUAUGUGGCCAUGUUCUAGAAGUUUUCUUCCUGAUGUUUUGCCAGCAUCUGUGGCUGGCAUCUUCAGAGAAUGCUUGCAUGGAAAAGAGUAAGUAAAAUUACUUCAAAGCUGAAUGCAAAUACGUCUGUUUGUUAGUCCUUGGCAAAUAUUAGGUUUUCUCUUGAUUUCAUGGAAGCUUGCUUUCUCUGGCUAUUUUUGUAUCUAUCAGCUUCCACGCAGAAUUUUGCACAGUGUGGAAAAUAGUAUUAAAACCCAUUUUAUGGUGUCAGCAAGGGGAAUCUGGUCGGGAAGCCAGCCAGGAGAAGGUAUAUAAAAGUGCGCUAACUAUGCAUUUUCUAAAUGUCAUAAAACAAAAAAUUACAGUUGUGUUUACCUCACCUAUACAUGAUAUUGGAAGCAACUUUGAAAUCAAUGUUUGGAUGCAGACUUUACAAAGGAUUAUCUAUGUUUAAAUCACACUGAAAGCAAAGGUACAGAAGGAAACUCAUAAACCUUACUGCUUUUCAGGGGAACUUAAUGAUAUCCAGCACAUACUUCCCGAGAACGGCCCAUUCAGAUAUCCAUGUUUUUCAUUUAGAUGUUUCACUAUGAUGGCCAACAGUUUAUUGUCUCUGGUUAUCUCACUUUUCGAUGGUGCAAAGCACAAGUGGGAAUUAUGUGGCCUUCCAGAUGAUGUUGGACAGCAACACCCAGCAACUCUAGCCAGCAUAACAAAUGAUGCUGGAUGCUGGAAGAAGCACAUAAUUUCUACUUCUGACCCAGAUGAAGGGAAAGACACCUCCUGAAAGUAUGUGGGUAACGAACCACAUGCUGAGCUUGAACUAUACAUUAUCAUAUGGGCAAUUACUUUAGUUGUAAGAACUACAAUAUUUUUGUGGAAGGUAUACCACCUUGAACUAUUGUCAAAGGACUGCAGAACAAAUUUUGUCUAACAUAAAAUUCUUUCAAAUUUGAGCUACUGUUUUCUCAUUCAAACCCAAAAGUGAAGCUUCAGUAUAAAUCCCAGUAUCCUAUAGUAGCUUUUCUUUGCAGUUAUCAGAUGGCACCCUGUUUAUGAAUUGUGAUGGCGGUAAGUCCAAUUCACACCAUCACAAUUCACUUUUACAGUUAUUGCAAUGAUCCAAAAUCUUCCCAAAACCUACCUUUUAAGCAGUGCACCCACUGCAUGUUCAUUUUCAUGUUGCCAGAGAACAGAGGUAUGAGCAGAGAUUUAUUCAACUCUCUGCUAGAAGGACACACUGAAAUAGGCUGAAAAUGUAGGUUUUGCAGGGUAGCAUCAGAGAUGUGGAUAUAUCUCUGUAGCUGUGUCUCCUGAUGCAAGAUUUCAGCUGUAGUUUUCAGCUCAGCUUGUUGUGUUUUCCCACAUGCCUGAAUCUGUUUGCACAGAAAUGUCUAAAUUUGUUGCAGAGGUUGCUGAUUCAAAUUUGUCUCCUAAACAGAUGUGGUGCUUUAGUUAAAAGAUGGAGCUUCAGACCAGAUUUCACUCAUUAGGUGGCCUCAGGCAAGCUACUUCCCUAGCCGUUCACCAGCAGAACAGGGAUGAUAGGUUUGCCUUGAUGCACAGGGUUAUUGCAAGGGACAAACAAUUCCCCCUUACUUAUUGAAACAAUUAAUAUGGAAGGGUUAUUGUACUUUCUCAAUACGCCAUUCCACAAAGGUGUGCCCUCUUGACUCCCAUCCUUAGUUACUCCACAUUCAACCUUACUGCCAAGAGGUGCUACACAUAUACAUACUGUAUAUAUUCAUGUAUAAGUCUAGAAAUUUUAAUCAAAAAAUUGAACCCAAAGCCCUAAGUCUCCUUAUACAUUGGUCAAUGGAAGUACACUGUACUUUAACUCUUAUAUAAAAAAGGAACCAUCCCCUGGUGAAAGGCAAGAGUGUAAUCUGUCCUGGAAGCACUGACCCCCUCCCCCUUUACUCCCUCAU